AUGGCUACACUUGUACCAAAAGAUCAGAAUUUCUUCCAAAAACGGCGUCGAGUAGAGAUCGCAAAAGAGGUGCUUGUCGAGCUCAUUCACUCAACGAUCAUCUACAAAACCUUAAGCAUUGAAUGCAAUCCUAACCCGAAAAUUCUGACAAACGUCUCUUGUCGUUUAAAGCCAAUAAAUUGGCAGAAAUCAGUUUGCAUAUGGGAUAGUGAUAUUCUACAGCCACUGAAAAAUGUAUCGGUCAAUUUCCAGCUACUUAAGAUGAAUGGGGCCAAUAAAUAUUUGCCAUUUCUCAUAAAUACAACCCUAAAUGUCUGUGACCUAAUUGGCAAACGAAGUUCUUCUGCAUACGGAAGAAUAAUUAAAUCUAUUUUGAAAGAGAUGUCGAAUGUGGAUCACAGUUGCCCCUAUACGGGCCACCUCAGUCUUUAUAAUCUUUAUGUGGACGAACGUUUUAUUCCAUUCGAUCCGCCAAUUGGAAGAUACAAGGUCAUCUUACGCUUCCGGGAAGGUUAUCCUUAUGUCGACAUUGGCACAACAGUAUUGUAUCUUGAGGCCAUGGAGAAACGUGAGCGGCGUGGAAAAGUGACGGCUAAUUAACUGAGUGGAUGUUGAAAAUUGGGUCUCGGCUGAUGCUUGUAGCUUUUUCGUUUUGAACAAUAAAAAAGUGUUACCACUUAGACGAAAUCGAAAAUUUUGGAGACCAAAACAGUAAUAGUUGUAAUGAUUGGAAGAAAUAGUUAUGUAGGCUUAAUGGUACAAAAGGACUAAUAUAAGCAGCAAAUAUC